AUGUAAUUCAACUUUUACUUAUCUAAAUGCAUGACUGUUAAUGAAAAUGGAAUAGCAAUUAUAAAUGGGAAUUAAAAACGUAAUCCUUAACUUGAUGAUGUUAUUACAACCAUGGGCGAAGCUUCUGCAUUAGUAAUCAACCAUUAUAUAAAUUAGGCAUAAAAUUUGAAAUAAGUAAUUACAAGCCCAAUGAGAUUUUUUUAGACUGAUUAAAAGAUGUAUAUUAAAUUAGAAGGAAAAGUAACUAUGCAAAAAUAUAAAUUAGAGUUGUUUUGGAAUUCUAAAAAUAGGAAGAAAAAACUUAUUUCAUAGAGAUUUAAACGGAGUGAUAAAAGAAAUUCAACCCUUAUGUGUUUUAGACUUUUAUGUACAUGAAUCAGUUCAAAGAAAAGGUAUAGGCAAAGAGCUUUUUGAAGAAAUGUUAAGAUUAGAAAUAUUGAGACCAGAAAAAUUGGCUUAUGAUCGACCAUCUGGGAAAUUGUUAGGAUUCUUAAAGAAACACUAUAAUUUACAAAGUUAUAUUCCUCAAAAUAAUAAUUACGUCAUCUUUACGCAAUACUUCUAUAAUUAAUAGACAAAUGUAUCAUAAUAUUAAAUUGCACAAUAAACCAAUUAAUAAUAGUAAAACCCUUAAUUAUGUAACUAAUAAACAGAAUAAAAAAGAGUUUAACCAUAAUAGACUCCUUUGAAGAUGGAACAAUUGGAUAAGAUGAUGCAACAAAUGUCUUUAGAUUCCAAAUAAUAAUAUUAAUAAUAUCAAAAAAACAAGGCUUAGGCACCUUGGGCAACAGAUUAAAAAUAACAUUAAAAUGUAAUUAUUGAAAAUUUAUUAUAGAUGUAUUAAACAACAACAGGACUAAUGUCAGCUUAAAUCCAAAAAAAAUGA